ACACAACUGUUACUCUAAUCCUCCUUGAGAGGAUAGGCUUAGUAAAACUACAGGUUGGAAACACUGCUGCAGCCAUAUUGAACAGACAUUUUGUAAAAAAUAAAAAAUAAACGAUUUAUUUGAUUUUAUUUGAUUACCAUAUUCUAAUGACUAUUUAGUCUACUGAGUAUUUUUACAACUAACUUUGAAACUUAUUUUCGGACAAAUCAAUGGAUUAAUCAGUAGGCUAAUAAAUUGUAAUGGUCUCAUUUGGUAAACGUUUAAUUAGUGGUUGUAGAUUAGAAUAUCUAUUUUUGAUAGUUUAGAGAUUGUGACAGUGGCAACACAGUUUUGAAGAUGAAGGACCGACUGGAACAGUUGAAGGCGAAAAGUGAUGUGGCUGGGGACGAUGUGGAGGUUCCCGUGGAGAACCAAGCCUUUAUGGAUGACUUCUUCGCCCAGAUUGAGGAGAUUCGCAGCAGCAUCGAUAAAAUAGAUGAGAGUGUGGCGCAAGCAAAGAAGCUGUACUCGACCAUCCUCUCCGCCCCUACAUCAGAGCAGAAGACGCAAGAUGACUUGGAGGCGGUCACCAACGACAUCAAGAAAGCAGCCGGCACCGCUCGCAACAAACUAAAGAGUAUCGAGAAGCAACUUGAGACAAACACAGAGGAACGGUCGUCAGCAGACAUGAGGAUCCGGAAGUCCCAGCAUGCCAUCCUGGCCAAGAAGUUUGUGGAGGUGAUGACCAAGUACAACGAGGCUCAGACGGACUUUAGAGACAAGAGCAAAGGCCGCAUCGCCCGGCAGCUGGAGAUCACGGGAAAAACAACAACCGACGAGGAGCUGGAGGAGAUGUUGGAAGGAGGGAACGCAGCCGUCUUCACCGCAGGGAUCAUGGAGUCGGGUAUAUCAAAGCAGGCGUUGAAUGAGAUUGAGGCGCGGCACAAAGACAUUGUGAGGCUGGAGAGCAGCAUCAAAGAGCUUCAUGACAUGUUCGUGGACAUUGCUAUGCUGGUGGAGAACCAGGGCGGUAUGAUUGACAAGAUUGAGAGCAACAUGGACCAAUCGGUGGGCUUCGUAGAGCGGGCGGUUGCCGACACCAAAAAAGCUGCCAAAUUUCAGCAGGAGGCCCGUAGGAAGCAGAUGAUGAUCAUGUGUUGCUGUGUCAUUCUCUGUGUCAUCGGAGGGUCCUUUCUCUACAGCUUUAUCAAAUAGGAAAUACCGUCCGGGUAAAGCUGGUUGUAAAACUGAGAUGUGUUCAAAACUCAAAACGUACACUUUUAAAUCAUGUAUUGAUGCAGAAGGAUGUCAGCCUGGUCACAAAUGUGUUUGUACUCUUGCAAACUCCAUUCCUGUCCCUGUCAAGCCAAACAUGUGUGGCAUGACGAUGAGUGACAAGGAGUUGGCAUGAUAGCACAAACAGGCUGGCACUCAGGCUAAAAGGAUGCAGAUGUGCAUAAAAGAUUUCCAGGUGUGAUCAGGGCCUGUAUUUAUAAAGCCUUUCAAAGUGUGAGUGCAGAUCUGGGAUCAGUUUAACAUUUUAGAUCACAAUGAAUAAGAUUACAUGGACAGGCGGGGCAGGAUCCUAGAUCAGCACUCCUUACUCUGAGAUGCUUUAUGAAUAUGGAACCAGAUUAGAUAACGUUAGAUCCAGGUUAUUCUUAGUCUUUGUCCCACAUGGCACCCUAUUCCCUUUGUAGUACAUAGGGAAUAGGGUGCCAUUUGGGAUGUAGACUUAGGCUGUAUUAUUGGCCUCAAUGUGAUAAUCACCUGUGACUCUGGCCUCAGGUGAAGUUGAAGAGGAGUGUCCCAGAUUACCCCCAGUCUAACCUGGGUGGAUGGAUCAACAGUGGACACUGUCUGUCAAGAGAUACAUUCAGCGCUACUCAGAGGAGAUACACCUCAGUCCGGCUAAAGGCCUUCCACCCUACAUUGUCUUUCGUCUUCUCUCUCUCUCUUUCCUUCCAUCAUUUUCUCUCUCUCUCUCUCACACACACACACACACUCUCUCCCUCUUUUCCCUCUCUCUCUCGUUCUUUUUUUAAGGCAUGCUUCCCCCCACAGAUCCUUUUCCCACUUCAAGGAUUUGUGUCAAUUAGCUUUGGUAGUGUGCUUUUUUAAUAACCUAGGCGGAGACAGGUGAACGUUAACACUGUGUAAUCAUGUCAGUAACCUAAAGAUAUUGGUAAACAAAGUAAUAUGAAGAUAAAACGAUGAUUAAAAAAACUAUACAAUUUCUCACUGCCCUGACAGCGAGUAAUCAAAAGGACCCCAAAAGGGCACGCUUUUAUGUUGUUAUUGUAUUAUUGUGUGUUGAAGUUAUUGCAUAAUAUUUCACCCACGCAUUUCAUUUUUAUCCUACAUGUGUAUCGAUGCAUGUACCACCAGGGGGCAUGCCUGUGUCAAACUGUCACAUGCACUCUCUCUAGGAAUGAUGUGUAUAAACCCUGGAUGACUGUCAGGGGGCGCUGUAUUGAAGCCACCGUGCAGCCAUUUUGGUAAUCCUCCUCAAGCGUUAAAAAUAUUUUGGAAGCAAUAGAAAUGGAUUUGUUAAUGUCUACAAUCGUUUUUGACACAUUUUCUUUUUUAAAUUAAAUACACUUUAAUGCAUACUUUUAAAUGCUAUUAUGUGAGCUAAACAUUUAUUUUUUUUAUAUGGGGAGAGUACUUAUGUUACUGUCACCACUACAUAAAAACAACAACUUAAAUACAUGUAAUUUUGUCCUUGAAAUACCGUAGAAUUCCAUUCAUUCCUAUGGAGGACUGCGCCUUCAAGGGAAUGCCAAUAUGGCCGACCGGUGGCUUCAAAGCAUUUCAUUGGCCAAUACAUAGCAUCAACAGUCCAGGGUUUAUUUAUGUAAGUCAUUUCUCUAUCCUGUCUAAUAAUAGAUAAGAUAGUAUUUUUGUUGUGAUGUGAGCAAGCAAGCAGUAUCAAGUGAAUAGCCAAUAUAUGUGUUUGUGUCUUCAGUCGCAUACGUUUGUAGUGAUUUUGUAGGCAUUUAUAUGGAAAAUGUUAUCUGAUCAAAAUGUAAGGUCAGAUUUCAGUUUUUGUAGCCUUUCCCGUCUGUUGACAAAGAAUAAAAUAAAAAAAGAUUC